AUGGAAAAGGCACGAGACGGUGCGGGAGCAGAGACGGCCGAAGGGGCUCAAGACGCCACUGACGUGGGUGCAAAGGCGGAUGCAGAAGUCAAGGUCCUAAAGGCCGGAAACAAGGUUCGAUCAGGGAAGGGCAUUGAGCGGGGGGAGAAGCCGGGAACAAUGGACGCUGCCGAACCUAGGGAGGGGGAAGAAGUGGCAGGCACGGCUUGUGGGCAAAUGAGUUCGAAGAAUGGCAGCGAUGGAGAGGUGGGGAGUCGGCCCGUGCCAGGGACUGAGCCCGGGGAUCCUCCUGCAGUGCGGGGCCUGCAAAACUUCGUUGGCGAAGUAUUGAAAGUCGCGGAGGGCCAAGCUAGGAAACAACGUGUGGCAAAGGCGGGCCGGGGCGGAGGGCGAGAAGGCGCAAAAAAUGGGGCAGGCGAUGCAGGGAUGGAAAAAGAUGGGCUCCUGGCCGACGCUGACAAGGGGGGCGCGGUGAAAGGGAUCGCAGGGGGUCCUCGCAAGGAGAGCUGCCGCAAAGGCUUGGAGUCAGUGCCUCGUUCGCCUGCCCUUUCUCCGCCAAUAAAAGCUACCGACCGACCUUCCACUGCGGGCACGAGGUCAACCCCACGCGCUGAAGCAGCAGCGCCCGAAGAAGACCCCCGAUCGGCUCAACCCGGCAGCAAAGCGUUGGCAGAGAAUCAGCCCGGGGAUCCCAACCCGUUGGCGUGUGAGAAGAAGCGGAGCGGCACGGAGAAGCCUUCUGGACAGCCUAGCGCGGAAGAAGCAGGCGGAGCCAUCAGAGAGGGUGACGGAAACCUGGUCGCCCGGAAGAAGGCACUGAGACUGGCGGCCAAGUCAACAGAGGUAGCAGGGAAGGGCGACCCGGCAGGUGGUGUCUCGGUGAAAGCAGCGGAAGUGGAGAGUGCUCGUACUGAGGAAGAGAGCGCCAGCGCGGCACUGAGGGGCGGCGCCGUCAAGGCAGUGGGGAAGGGCGCUGACGUGGACGCCGGCAGGGGUUCUGAUGUCAACGCGGGAUUGGAUGCCGACGUCGUGGAGGGGGGGAGAGCUGACGUGUCGAAUGAAGGAGAUGAUGACGUGGAAUCGGACCGGAGCGCUGACGCCCCAACGAAGAAAGAUCUCCUGGCUGCAAUCGAGCUGGAACUGCGGGAGAGGGAGCGUGUGAUCGAGGCGAGCGCCUCACUCGGGGGAUCCCCCGCCGAGAAGCUGCCGAAGCACAGCUUGAUGCCCCAGCCAGCGGUCCCGCACCUGGAAAAUGGAAAUGCUAGCCUCAUUUCUGGGGGCCCGGAUGUCGUUCCUGGGGCUGCUGACGUCACUGGUCGUUCUGGCGCUGACCAUUCGGAGGAGCGGGUCCCUGCCGCGGAUGGAAAGGGGAUGAAUUCACCAACCGCACAGCCGGACCUGAGGUCAAAGGAGCGGACUGAUGUGGUGCAGAGGGUAAAAGGUCUGGAGAGCGGGGAUGCUGACGUCACAACGGGGGGACGUGCUGACGGCACAAAGGGGGGAAAUGCGCCGGAGAAGAAGGGCAAUAACGGAGGGGAGCAAGAGGACGACGGUGGAGGGAGCGGCGCGCAAGGACACGACUCCCGGGAAAGCAGCGGAGAAGAAGCACCGAGACCGGCCAUUCGGAGCGACCAGGCUGGGCCUUCGCAGCAGGCAACAGGAAACGAAGUGCAGACCGUGGUCGCCGAUGCAAAGGGAAAGGCACCGGCGGUCGCUACGUGUCAGGCAGACGCGCGCCCUGCAACCGGCUCGCCCGCAGAGCAGCUGCCGUCGGCCGCAAGCUACGGCUCCCUCUGGAAGGCUUAUGCGGACAAGCUUUCAGAGCCGGAGAGCAGAGGACCGUCCGAAGAGCGCGGCGGCGGUGCGUCCUCUGCCUUUGUCGGGGUCCUGCAGGAGCGCCGGGCAGCGAUCCCGGAGCCCUGGGCUGAGAUCGUCGGCGCUCUGAGGGGGCUGAUCCGCGUAACCGAGGAGAGUGGCCGGGUGGUUGCUGCGCGGUUGGACACGCUUCUCCAGCGCUCGAGCCGGCGCACGGUGGUGGAACGAGGCAGGGGGCCCAAACAAACGGGGCCGCUGCUUUUGAGGCCGGAGCGUCGAGCACUGGGCCUUCGCUCGGGGAAGCAACGCCUCCCGAGAGUCCCGGUCAGGAGCCGGAGGCUGCCGCCCGGGGUGGUGACGUCAGCAAAGGCCGUUCAGAUGCGUCGGAUGGGGGCAAUGCAGCGCCCGGAAAGUCCUGAGGAUGGUGGCUGGGGGUCAACUGGACAAGGCGAGAACACAGAACGAGCUGCGCUGAGCGACAUGACCUUUGGUUGCAAGGAGCUUGAAAGUCUAUCAAUCAAGAACUCUAUCAGUCAAGAAGGCAAGUGGCAAAGGAUCCUCCUGGUCCAGUAUACGGCACGGGCGGCUACUACUUCCAGAGGGCGUAAAGUCGGUGACGUGCUGCUCUAUCUCAUUAGAGAGGUCGCUUUGCAAACUCCCUUGACACGUACGUGA